CGAGGUCCCCUCCCCCGACGUCACCCCCAUCCCCAGCCCUCUCUGGGACCGCCCCUCCCCUGGACCUCUUCCCUCCCCGGGACCCUCCGUCACUACGCCCCUAGUGCGGGGACCCACGGUCCCGGCGGCCUGGGCUGUGCUGCCCCUCGCGUGUGCGUGGCCCCCUCCUCCGUCCUCACUGCGGGGCGCCGAGAGGGCACAGGCUGGGGACAGGGGCUCCGAGAGGCCUGGCCUUUCUGGACCCCUCCUCCCGGGUGCGCCACGCCCUCCCCACGCGCGCUCCGCUGUGGCUCCGGGCUCUGGUGCGCUGGCCUGCAGUCCUUGGGAAGGCCCGCGGGUGUGCUCUCUGCUGUCGUUAAAAGCAAGUUUCUGGAGCUUUUCGUCUGCACUCUUGGGGUCUGUGUUUUUCAAGUGUAAGAUCUGCUCCGAGUUGAAUGCUUUGCGUGCAGGCUUCCUCCGAUACCAGCUGCUGCUGGAGGUUGUCCCACCCCGCAGCUGAGACUGGAGCACAGCACACACGGGAGGCAGAGCUGGGGCUGGGGUGGGCCUGCCGGGAGCCCCGGGUCGGGGGGCCAUGGUGGGGGCUCGGAGGAAGCCUGCCCUCCCCUGCCGUGGUGUGAGAAGGUCGCCCUCCGGGAGCCUCGGGUCUGCAGAAGCAGUCGGAGCUGCUUUCGUUUUAAGCUGCUCUCCUCUGGGUCCUUUGUCCGAGGCCAAGUGUAAAUGCCUUCUUUCUGUCUUCUAGGUGGCCUCCUCUUACUGCAGGUUAAAUGCAGUGGAAUACACAGACUACUCAUUCCUCCAGGGUGUUUAAACUUACCUCUUUCACGUGGUCGAGGUCCAUGGCCCGGUUGGGCUGAAUAAACUUGUUUUAACUACUUCCAAAACGACUGGAUGGCUGCGCCGCACGCCCCACCCUUGCCCGCCGCGCCCUCGGCGCCUCCCGGGUUGGGGCUCAGGCUCCUGCAGCCACGCUCUCCUCCAGGCCUGCGGCGGAGGGGGUGGGAGGCCCACUCCCGGGCCAUCGCUGUGGAAAGGAAGCCUUGUGGGUCAGUUGGGGAACCAGUUCCGCCUCGAAGGGGACUGACUGUUGUGAACUGUGGUGGUGGUUUUUAGGGUUUCUCUUCUCUUUCUUUUCUUUUUCACUCACACGUUCACUUGUUUACUAAGAACUCACCCGGGGCCUGCCGUUUGUUCUCGGUGCUUUUCUCUGCCUGGUCUGCAGCCGCUGCCCUGUUUGUUUGCUUUGUGUUCUGGUCCCUGCAUUGCUUUGUUCUAGACACCCCUGUAUCUUUUCACUAGAAAAGCAAAUGCAUCCUCUCUCCACAUGGACCCUAAUUAAUGCCAUAUGCAAAGAUUAACUCAAGAUGGAUCAAGGACCUAAAUGUAAGAUCCAAAACAAUGAAACUUUCAGGAGAAACCAUAGGACAAAAACUCCACGACAUUGGACUUGGCAGUGAUUUCGUGGAUAUGACACCAAAGGCACAGGGUUCAAUACCCAGAAUAUAUGGAGAACUCCUACAGCUCGGCAACAAGAAAACAAGCAACCUGAUCAAAAAAUGAGCAAAGAGCUUGAGUAGACAUUUCUGCAAAGAAGAUCCACAAAUGGCCAAUAAGCACAUGGAAGGAUGCUCAACACCACUAACCAGGGAACUGCAAAUUGAAAUGACAGCAAGAGACUGCCUCACAUCCACUAGGAUUGCUGCUCUGAGAAAAACAAAGCAAAAACAAAACAGGAACAGCAGGUGUCAGGGAGGAUGUGAAGUGGAAAUGCUGGAGGAAUUGCUGGCUCAGGAAGCCUGUCUGUUGAUGCCUCGCUGUCUUCUGUGCAUGGCUUUGUCGUCAGGCGGUGAUGGCAGGAUGGCUGCAGGAGUUUCAGGAGUCAGAUCGGCUCCUGUCUGUCCCUGAGAAGUGAGGCAUCCUCGCGCAGACAUGACCUACCCUGUUACCUGUCGGUUCUCCAUAUGUAGCAGCUGUGUGGAAAACAGUCUGGCAGUUCCUCCAAAACUUAAAAAUAUAAUUACCACAUGAUCCAGCAACUCUCCUUCUGGGAAUCGACCCAAAAUAAUUGAACGCAGGGUCUCAGAGAGGUACUUGUACACCCACGAUCACAGCAGCAUUACUCACGACUGCUAAAGUGGUGGAGCAGCCCAAGCGCUGGUCAGUCCAUGGAUGAGUGGAUGAGCAAAACACGGUGUGUACACACAUCGGAGCAGUAGUGAGGCUUGAAGAGGAAGGAAGGCCUGGCCCCAGCUACAGCGGGAAUGACCCUGGAGGACGUCACGCUCAGUGACGUAAGCCAGUCACAAAAGGACAAAUACUGUGUGAUCCACUUAUGUGAGGUCCCAGGAGGAGCCAGAUUCAUACUGACAGGAAAACGGGGGUUGCCAGGGCCUGGAGAAGGAGGGGUUAGUGUAUAAUGGGGCAGUGUUUCAGUUUUACAAGAUGAAAAGAAUUCUCGAGAUGGAUGGUGGUAAUGGUUGCACAUUAUGAAUGUAUUUUAUACCACUGGACCAUAAACUUAAAUAUGGUUGAAAUGGUAAAUUUUAUGUGUAUUUUAACACCGUGAAGAAAUGGAAAAGGAAUCUUAUCUGUAAAUGCAAGGUGGCACCAUGGGUCGGAUCCCGGAACUGAAAAAGGGUAUUAGUGGAAAACCUGGUGAAACCCCCGAACGCUUGGCAUUUGGUUGCUAGUGAUGUGUCCGCGGUGGAUUCUUGGACUUGAGGAGGGGGUGAAGACGGAGAAUGACCACAUCAACCUGAAGGUGGCCGGGCAGGACGGCUCCGUCGUCCAGUUCAAGAUCAAGAGGCACACCCCGCUGAGCAAGCUCAUGAAGGCCUACUGCGAGCGCCAGGGCUUGUCGAUGAGACAGAUUCGAUUCAGGUUUGAUGGACAACCAAUUAACGAAACGGACACCCCGGCACAGUUGGAGAUGGAGGACGAAGACACCAUCGACGUGUUCCAGCAGCAGACGGGGGGCUCCAGGGGGACCGGCUGCCUCUCCAAGUUCGGCCUGUAGAGGGACCGUCCCCUUGUGUCACUGAGCUCAUCUUUGCCAUUGGAUAGUGAACGCGUGACCAUGCCAAUCGCCAAGGAGGCUGUGGACACUUGAGGACAUUCACCAAAAUGACUUUCCUCUCUGACAUCCGGAGGGACGCAGCUCAGAAAGGCGAGGACACGUCCUGGCCUCACUCGCCUGUCCCAGUUCAUCCCUCUGCUGGGGUGAAAGGCAUUGGGAGGGUUUUUGGUUUUGAUUUUACUUCCGUUUGUUUUUUCUUCUUUCCUGUAGCAUUUCCCUCAAACUUGUGGCUGAAUGUCCGCUUUUCAUCUAGAUGGGGCUCGCACCCCAGUUGCCCCCACCAGCUUAUUCCAAUCAUGUAGAGAACUCCUGUCACCACAGUGGGGAUGCUUCUGUGGGGCGAGUCUGCAGGGCACAAUUGGGAUGGGAGAUGAACUCCCACUUCCAUUUCUUGUGGGCACAGGUUUUGUCAAUGCUAAACAUUGCGGAUUUAAGCUUUGUCAGAGUAUAGUGAAGUUGAAGGGAAAAUCCUGGAAUGUUUCCUAAAAUAAAAGGUAAGAAGUUCUUCAGUAACAUGUUCCCCAGGUGGGGUCUGGGGUCCAGGACUUGUCACCACCCACGGCCUGGCCCAGUGACGCUGCACUGGAAAAACCUGGUCCAGCGAAAAUUGGCUUUUCCCCUUUUCUUACUGUAGAAGAAAGAAGUUCGUACAUGUCUCACCUGGAAGUAGCAUCAGGGCCUCAGAUUCCUUCUAGCAUUUGCUUCUGAUGAAUGACGACGGUCUGUUUAUAAAAAAGUCAGAUUAAGCAUUGCUGAUAUGCAGUUACAUUUUUGUGUAAAGGAGCAAUUUCAAAGUGUGGUUACAGGCGAAGCUGGUGAGAGAUGACCUGUGUCCUCACAGACUCUGCCCUGCUCUCCAGGUUGGUGUGGAGCUUCCACAUAAGUGUGUGAUUUCAGUUCUGUGAAGCGUUUUGGGGUCUGUCCCGAUGAAACUUUGGUAGUUGUCCUGUUGUCCUUCUGUGUGGACACACUGCUGCCCGAGGGCCCUUCUCUGCCUGUCCUGCCCCCUGGAGAGCUCGAUGCCACCGUCGUCUCUUGCUUGCCUGAGACCUUGCUGAAGAUGUUUGUGUCUCCUUUGUAUUCUGCUGUCGGGGCACCCGUGGGAUGUCUGCUGGCUCUGUUGUGUUUAUGCACCAGCUUGUACAUUCUUUGUUGUCCUUUACUACUGUAAACAGUAAAUAUAGUUUGGUAUUCUGUCUCUGGGCUUGGAUUAAAUGCUGCAUCUGGA